CGGAUGUUCUUUGCUUUUCGUAUAAGACUUGAAGCUAGCACAAUAGCAGAAACAAGCGUAGCAAGGUUCAUCAACAACACCUCAUCACACAUCUAACUGAAGUGUUGUUCUGUGUUCGGACCCAAGAUUCAGAUCUCAUUGCAGCACCAUGGCGUCCGGAGGCCCAAUGAUGAAUGGAGACAUAACUCGCUCUCCCAAUGGGAUGGGCACGCUGGAGGAAACUUUGCAGCAGAUGAACGUCCUCAUUCAGGAGAAUAUAGAUUUGAAAGAGGCUAUACGUAAGACCAACAUGAUGAUGAAAGAGCGUUUUGAGGGUCUCUCGACAUGGCGGGAGAAGCAUCAGGAGGAGCGCGACCACCUGGUCAGUAGACUUGAGGAGGCUCGGGUUCAAAUCGAGGCUAUGACGCUUCAAAACCAGGAACUGAGCAAGAAACUGGAGGAGGCGGCGGGGAUGUUGGGUGAAGCUUCGGAUAGCUCACAAGUAGCAAGUCACAGUGUAGAGGUGAACACCUUACGUGCACAGCUGGCCCGGUUGCAAGCAGAGAAGAACGAUCUGGUGGCUUUGAACUCUGAGCUGCAGCUGAAGGCUGACCAGGACUCACAUGAGGACUCUUUCAUCGAGAUCAUCAAAGUGUCUGAUGAAGGCGUUGUCAGCAAACGCCCCGACAUGAGCAUGACAGCGUCCCGGCUGGAUAGCGAGGAGGUGACCGUCAGCCACCUGCUGCAGUCCCUAAGGAACGAGACGCAGCGGGCCGAGCGGCUGCAGGGCGAGCUGCAGGCUACCGGUGACAAGAUAAAAAAGCUGGAGGAGAGGAGGAGUAAUGUUAACGUAACAACGCAGACAUCCAUGGCAGCAGAGACCAAAGAGGAUUCUGAGAAGGCUCCCUCUGAGUUAGAGACUAUCAAGUCUCAGAUGAGGACAUUGUUUAAAGAGCUGCAGCAGGCCCAGAGCAAGCUGGAUGAAGCGGAAGGCAUGAAGAAGAACCUGCAGGACAGAUGUCGGGAGGGGGAGCAGGAUGUGGUGACUCUGAAGUCUCAGCUGGUGGACAAACAGGCUGUCCAGACGGAGAACGAUCGGCUGAAGCUGCAGCUCGACAGCAUGCAGGCACAGAGUUUAAUUGAGCAGAUGAGGGGUGUGGAGGAGAGGAGCAACCUGGCCCAACUGAAGGACGCCUACACACAGUUGUUUGAAGACUACAAUGAACUCAAGGAGGAAAAGAAGAGAAGCGAGUCUCAGCUGGUGAAUAGGGAAGUGGUGGAUGAGCUUCAAGGUCAGCUGACCGCCGCGGAGAAAGCUCUGGCUGAUAAACAGAAGUAUAUCGACAGCUUGAAGCAGGAGAUCUUCCAAAAGGAGAAGGAGCUGGAGACCAUAUCUGUAUUGCAGGCACAGGCUGAGGUCUACUCUUCUGAUUUCUAUGCCGAGCGUGCAGCGAGGGAGAAACUGCAUGAAGAGAGAGAGCGUCUGGCUGUUCAGCUGGAAUAUGUCAAGAAGCAAAACAGCCAUCUUCAGGAGGAGAUGGAAUCAAUGAGUCGGAAGACAAUGUUGGAGAUGCAGAGGAGACAUGUGGCAAAUCAGCAUGGACGAGGAGCAGCUUUAGUUGGAAGAGGUACUGACUGGCAGCAUCAGCGGAGUAUUCCCGAACACGUCUGUCCAAAGUGCAACGACAUACUGCCAGACCUAGACUCCCUGCAGAUCCACAUCAUGGACUGCAUCAACUAGCCUCUCAGCAUAGUUAGCAUUAUUUGCACUUUAUUCCCAAAUCUUCCUCUGGUUGUACCUCCCUUUUCUCCAACAAAGGAGUCAAGCUCCUUUUUACUUCUUAUGCAAGAUUCAUAAGAGUUUGCAUCCUUUUUUAUGUUCGAUGUCAUCUUGCACCUGUUUGUUGGGGUGUUGACCUGAACAAUCUGGACUAUGUAAGGACUCCAAAAGAGGCUUUGAAAGGACCUUGAAGCUAAUGCAUCAAGUUUGGGCCUUUAAUAUUAUCUGGUUGCUAAAUGGGUUGUAUAGUGGAGGAAGCGAUUUUAUUUUAGACAUGUAACUUAUUUAUCCAACUUACAAAUUAUUAUAAACUGCAAAUGCAAAUAAAAUGCAAAGGUAUUUUGUAACAACCUAGAAACUUAUUGUAUUUGUACUUUAUUUAUCCCACAGCGGGGAAAUUCACUUGUUACAGCAGCAAGCAAGAUAUGCAAGUAAAGAGUACAGUGUAAAGAAUGCAUAUUGACUACAACAUGGUUCAGGUGGUGCAGGUGUUGUAGAGCCUCACAGCGUAGGUAUGAAGGACCUGCGGAACCUCUCCUUCUUACACCGUGGGUUUAACAGUCUGCUGCUGAAGGAGCUGCCCAGGGAAACAACAGUAUCAUGUAGCGGGUGAGAUUAAGUACCAUUUUAUAUGCAGUACUGUAUUCUUAGUGCUGACUGUCAUGGUUACAUACUGCAAUGGGGGCGCUAGCGUUCAAAUGCACAAUAUCCCAUACUGUAUAGAUGUGUGUUCACAAGCCGUGAGUGAGUGACCGCUAUUAACGCCCACUCUUCCUUUCAGUCAAACAACAUUCAUUUCAUGCAGUUAUAAUAUAGUCAUUGUUUGUACAGUCUGUUCUGUGAAACCACUUUUGGUAACACAUGCCAGCCAGUGGUGAUAUAUUUUUCGGGGUGAAAAAAGUAAUUUGGAGUAGCUUUCAUUUAAACCUUCAUCCUUUUCAACUAUCAUACUGAAGAACCCAAGUCUAAAUUUCAGUCUUACAUGAAUUAAUAGCAAAUAUUGCCUCAAAAAGGAAAUAAACGCACUUACAACUUAGCAGGAUAGCAUUUUGGUGAUACUGUAAAUAAGAACACUUGAUUUAAUUUUGGGUUUAUUUAUUACCUUAACACAUGAAUUAAAGGAAAAGUACAUUGUCACUACUGUACCUUUUAUUUUCAUGGCAAUGACACAAGGAAAUAAUUGACAAAUUGUAUGCUUUUUCCUGGUUUUAUGUCAGAAUAAAUAGAA